AAUAGAUUGCUAUAUUUAUGCAUUUAAAAAAUUGAUUGUGUCGAGUUAAAAUUGCGCUAUAAUUAUGGAAAUGUCCACAGAAAUAGACGCGGAAAUCGGCAUCGAGCCCUGCCGAGCGUGUGGCAUCUUCUAUACGAUGGAGGAGGCGAUAAUUCGCCCAAUGUUUAAUAAAUCUGGAGAAGGCGGUAUCGCUAACAUGCCGGAGAUUCUAAAACAAUUGUCUGCCUGGCACAUUGAGGUAACUCAGGAUGACGGGAGACCGCAAUACAUGUGCGUAGGCUGCAUAGGAGAGUUUAACAAGAUUUUAAAAUUCAAGAGCAGUUGCCUGGAGACUCAGGAGCAUUUUGUCGAAUUCGAUUAUAAGCGGCUACACAAUGGCAUUGUCAUAAAGAGUGAAAUAAAGCCUCCGGAGCAGUUUUGUGGCUUCAUUUAUUUAGACACAGACGAGGAGGAAGCCGACAGCGAGGAGGACGGCAGCAGGCGGGUUUGUGCUCCUUUAGACAUACCGCAUGUGCCCAUCAAACUGGAACAUAUGGCGAGGGUGCCAGCGGGCCAAGAUGAGGAAAUUAAAUUUCAGCCAUCUGCCGAAACCACUGCUGACACAAUGAAAAGCGUUUUAUCUGAUGAGGACACCUUUCAAGUUGUCAAAACUGAGCAAUUGGCUACUUUAGCCAACGGAUAUACCUUGCCAUCUACAUCGGAUAUAACUGUAAUUGAUGACAGUGACGACGACGACGCCAUUAUAAAAUUUACAUACGACGAUGAAGAUGCGCUACCACCAGCGCCAAUAUCUCAGCCCUCAUUCCUAUGCAAGUUGUGCAAUCAUGAAUCCGAAACGCAAGAUCUCCAUAUGGAGCAUAUGCAACGCGUUCACUUGGUCAAAGACAGCGAGUGUCGCAUUUGUGGCAAAAAGUUUACCAAUUGCUCGGAGUCGCGAUUCAAGUUCCAUAUGAAAUUUCAUAAGCUAAACAAACAAAUAAAAUGCACCACUUGUGGCUUCCUCUGCAACUCGAAAAACUCACUUAAGGAACACAAGCUGGCGAUGCACACACGUGUCAAGUGUAAACUGUGUGGCAAGAAAAUCAAGCAUAGGCUUUUACAAACACAUUUGGCUCAACACUCUAGACAGCUGGAUGUGGAACUUGCUAGGAAUAUGAGCAACCUGUCAACACCACAUAGCGACACAAGCAUAAAUAAUUCAACGAGCUCACCUUCCUUAAUAGCUCAAAACUCCAGAAAUUUGGAUGUGGAACUUGGUAGGAAUAUUAACAACUUGUCGACACCACUACGCGACACAAGCUUCAAUAAUUCAAUGAGCCCUCCUUCCUUAAUGGCUUCGCAAUCCAGACUGUUGGACGCGGAACUUGCUCGGAAUAUGAACAACUUGACCACACCACGAACUGACACAAGCUUGAGUAUGAGCUCUCAUUUCAUAAUGGGGCCGCAAUCUAACCCGUUGGUUGUGGAACUUGCUGAGGAUAUGAACAACUUGUUCACACCACAAGCUGACACGAGCUUCAAUAAUUCAAUGGGAUCUCCUUUCAUAAAGGGUCCGCAAUCUAGCCAGUUGGAUGAGGAACUUGCUCGAGAUAUGAACGAUCUUACAUCACAAAACGAGCCAAACGCCAGUAAUUCAAUAAGCCCACCUUGUUUAAUGGAAUGCGCGUUUUGUUCACUCCAAUUUGAUGAUGUGCAGCAAUUGCAAGCACAUGUAUUGGACACACACAGAAAUGCUCAGCUACCAACGAGUGCGACAAGUGAGUUUCCUGCUGCAGUCGACGUAAUGUCAUUGAAUAUUAGUCCUGAUGGAGCAGCUAGCUUUCAAGAUGUAUCCCCAUUAUUUGCUGAUCAUUGGGCUAGUGAAUCAACAGCUUCGGAAACGGAAAGUAGGCCGCUUUCCACUACUGAAUCUCAGAUAUCAACGAGCAAAGUACUAUGCAAAUGUCACAUUUGUGAUAAGGUGUUCGAUUUGCAAAUUAAACUAAACAAACAUUUAAAGACGCAUCAAAAGAAUCCCUUUUGAUGGGCCAUUUACAUACUAAUAGAACAGCCAACCGACUGGAUUUUGUAGUGAUUAAGAUACAAAAACUACAUAUAACUACAUAGCUUAGAUUAACUUAAGUGCUGCUCUUAAAUUCCACCCUGCCAUAUAUGCAUUAUAUUUCAGUUCAACUUUUUGAUUCAAUAUUUAAUAAGAUGUUUCUA